CCCACCAUCGCAGGAUCCGUCCAAGUGCAAAGCUAGUGGCGGUGCACUCUGCAGAAGACGGGAUACAGAUCACAGCACUGUCUAUUUCAAACAGACACACACAGAGCUUCUCACAGAUUCGAGGGUCACAAUGGCAGAACGCUCCAACUGCUUUUACUGCCGCGAUGACCUCAGCGGAAAGAAGUUUGUGAGGAAGGACGAGAAGCAAGUGUGCAGGCGUUGCUUUGACAAGUUCUGCGCCAACACCUGCGCAGAAUGUCGACGGUCGAUCGGCAUUGAUUCAAAGGAACUUAAUCAUAAGGGGCGUUACUGGCACUCGGAUUGUUUCAGAUGUGCAAAAUGCUAUAAGAACCUGGCCAAGGAGUCUUUUAGCACCAAGGAUGACAGGAUCCUGUGUGGGAAGUGUAGCUCACGCGAAGAUGCACCUCGCUGCCAUGGCUGCUACAAGCCCAUACUGGCAGGUAAUGAGAAUGUGGAAUACAAAGGCAAUUCAUGGCACGAUGAGUGCUUCACCUGCUAUCAGUGUAAGAAGCCAAUCGGCUCCAAAAGUUUCCUGACAAAAAACGACAACAUCUACUGCAGCCCCUGCCAUGAGAAGAAGUUCGCCAAGCAAUGUGCUUGCUGCAAGAAGCCCAUUACCACAGGAGGUGUGAAUUACCAAGACCAACCGUGGCACUCUGAGUGCUUUGUGUGCUUCUCCUGCCGCAAACCCCUGUCUGGCACCCGAUUCACCUCCCACGAGGAGAAGGUCUACUGCGUAGACUGUUACAAGAGCACUGUGGCCAAAAAGUGCAAUGGUUGCCAGAAUCCCAUUACAGGAUUUGGAAAGCCUGCGAGUGUAGUGAACUAUGAGGGUGGCUCUUGGCACGACUACUGUUUUAACUGUAAGAAAUGUUCGCUCAACCUGGCGGAAAAGCGAUUCGUUGUUCACAGUGGAGACAUUUACUGUUCGGACUGUUCCAAGAAGCUGUAGGCAACUGCUGCCUAUGGGGACACAGCAGAAUAAGAUUAUUUAACCAAAAUAUCAGCAUUAAAUCAAAGUUAAACAAAAAUCCCACACAAAUGUAUUGACAAAGGCUUCUGUUAUGUUAGUUCUGGCUUCUUUAUGAGGGGAGUUUGAUAUUUUCUGUAAAGAAUGUAAAGUUUGCCUAGAGGCUUGCAUGGAAAAAUGUAUCCAGUCUUUUUUAAAGGUUUUUGUAAGAUAUGAUGAAAGACGGUGAUAAAGAAAUGGAGUCACAAUAUGUGAAAUCAGUAGGUUAAGUCUGUUUUUUGGCUGUUGUUUCAGAAAUAUUUUAGCUGUGUUUCAGGACCUUUACUUGUGUCAAGUGUAUUUGAUAACCUUUAAUUCUGCAAUGAUCAUGGUCGCUUUACAUUAUGAGUAUGUGUUUGAGUAUUAUUUAGAUUUUGCUUCUUUGUGAUUUAUAAUCAUGUGUGUCGAUAUGUUUUUGUAGGAAAAUCAUAUUGGGAAACUUUUUGAAUUGGCCUGUUCGCUAAAUUCCCCAUAUAGCUACUGCAAAUAACAUUAAAAUUGUAUUAUUUUAA